CCCGUUACGACGGACGGUCUGACGCCACAAUAACACUACCCUGAGAAGGAUACAGAUGUAAAUGGACGCAUCAUCAGACACCCCUGCUAUUUGAAGUGGCUGCUCAUGCAAACUGCACGUGUUGCGAAGGAGAAAAGAAGUGGCUGUUAGGGACCUCGCUCCCUUUCAACGUCUCCCAGAUGAUAUCAGACACUGAAACGUAGCAGAGAGAAACUACAAAAAUUUGAAAAAUGAAGAAAGACAGAGAAAUACAGAAAGCAUAUAAAUUGUCACACCAAAUCCUGAGUUUGACUGGCAUCAACUUUAUAAGACAGACUGUUAUUGGCUUCACUGAACUUACACUCAUUCCCUCAAAGGACAGCAUUCGAUAUAUUUGGCUGAACUGCAAACAGUGCUGUGUGUACCGUGUUACCCUCAAUGAUGCUUUGGAGGUACAAUUCCAGUAUUUUGACCCAUUACUGGAAGUAUGUCAACAAGACUCCAAACAGAGAAAUCUGGAUUAUUUAAACAAAUGCCAGUCUACUGGAGUGACCUCGGUGGAUCCUGAAGUGGGGCGCGGGGAGCUGGUGAUCGUUGUUCCUUCAGAAGCACAGCACAUGAUCCAGGAAGGAAAGCCAUUGAGAGUUGGAGUCGAGUUUUCUCUGGAAAAACCUCAAUCUGGUUUACACUUUGUGGUUCCUAAUACCGAAGGUACAUUAGUUGAGAAAGCUGCUCAUAUGUUCACUUAUGGACAUGAAAACAGUGCUCGUCUGUGGUUUCCAUGUAUUGACACUUGGAGUGAGGUGUGUACAUGGGGGUUAGAAUUCACAGUGGAUGAUUUUAUGACUGCUGUUAGUUGUGGAGACCUUGUAGAAGUUGUCUACACUCAGGAUAUGAGGCGUAAAACAUUCCAUUACUGCCUUUCGACUCCUACUUGUGCACCAAAUAUAGCUCUUGUUGUAGGGCCAUUUGAGAUCUAUGUGGAUCCCUUCAUGAAUGAGAUCACCCACUUCUGCCUUCCACAGUUGUUACCUCUCAUGAAAGCAACUAGUAAAUACCUGCAUGAAGCAUUUGAAUUUUAUGAAGAACUUCUAUCCACUAGGUACCCCUAUUCUUGCUACAAACAAGUAUAUGUUGAUGAAGCAUAUAGCACACUGCAUUCUUAUGCCACCAUGAGCAUUCUUGAUGUUAAUCUUCUGUGCAGCAACAGAAUUAUAGAUCAAGUCUAUGAAACUAGAAAAACUAUGGCACUAUGUGUGGCCCAACAGUUCUUUGGGUGCUUUCUCUCUCGGCAUGCCUGGGCCGAUGCCUGGCUCACCACAGGGAUCUCAAACUAUCUCAUGAGUCUCUAUGUUAAAAAACAUUUUGGCUUUAAUGAUUACAAGGAUUGGAUACAUAGUGAAUUGCAAGAGAUCAUCGAAUACGAAGAAAGGUUUGGGGGUAUAGUACUGGAUCCAAGUUCUUCGCCAAAUGAACCUCAGAAUGGACCAAAUAUGCCAAUGACCUCAAACAGCAGCUCUAACAAAGAUACAUUCUAUUUCUCUGUUAAGAAUCCACAUGCAUCGUCUCCUCACUAUAUUAGUGUUUAUUAUAAAAAAGCACAUCUGAUUAUUCGAAUGUUAGAGUUUCGUAUUGGUCAAGAACUAAUGAUGCAGGUUUUUAAUAAACAUCUGUCACUGGCACUGAUCGCAGUUGGCAACAAAGGUCACCCAGCAGGCUGGUCUCACAUGCUUGUGUCAACUGCUACCUUCACAAAGGCAAUUUUCACGGUGACUGGAAAAGACAUCACAGUCUUCUGCGAUCAGUGGGUCCGUCAAGGUGGACAUGCAAAAUUUAAUAUGAAAUUCCUUUUUAACCGGAAAAGAAACAUUGUGGAAAUGACCAUUGAACAAGGCUAUAUUGGUGAACUGGGAAUUCGUCGCUAUGUUGGGCCAUUAGUGGUGUGGAUACAAGAAUUGGAUGGAACAUUUAAACACACAUUGCAAAUUGAACAUCAGGUGUCCAAAAAGGAAAUUGUUUGCCAUUCAAAGUCUCGUCGAAACAAGAAAAAGAAGAUUCCUCUUUGUACUGGUGAAGAAGUGGACAUGGAUCUCAGCCAUUUAGAUGCGGAUUCCCCAGUACUGUGGUUGCGUUUGGACCCAGACAUGACGAUGAUGCGGGCAGUGGAAGUAGAGCAACCUGAUAACCAGUGGCAAUAUCAGCUGAGACACGAGCGGGAUGUGACAGCUCAGACAGAAGCUAUCAAUGCUCUUCAUCGUUUGGCCAGGCAAGGUGCUGUUACGACUGAAAUGCGAAAUACACUGAAUGCUGUGUUAGAAAAUGAGCAGUGCUUUUAUAAGAUACGAUGUAGAGCUGCUCACUGUCUCACUCGAGUGGCUAAUGCCAUGGUAGCCAAUUGGAAUGGUCCACCAGCCAUGAUGCAGAUUUUUCGCAAGAUGUUUGGUUCAUUCUCAUGCCCAAACAUCAUUAGGCAACACGACUUCACCAGCCUCCAGAAUUACUAUAUACUUAAGACUCUGCCAGUUGCUAUGGCUGGUCUUCGUAACACUCACAAGACAUGUCCUCCAGAAGUUUUGGGGUUCUUGAUGGACCUCUUCAAAUACAGUGAUAACUCCAAGAAUCGCUACUCUGAUAACUACUACAGGGCAGCCUUAGUAGAUGCACUUGCUGCAGCAAUUUCUCCAGCUCUAGUGCAACAUGACCCUGCUACCAUCACUUCGGAUUCCUUGUCCGAGGAUAUACGCAGGGUUUUAAAUGAGAUCACUCGGUAUCUAAAUUUGGAGAAGCUGCUACCCUGCUACAAGUACACAGUGACAGUAUCCUGCCUUCAUGCUAUUCGUGUUCUGCAAAGAAAUGGUCACAUACCACCUAAGUCAGAUAUCUUCAAAGCAUAUGCUGCAUACCCUCAAUACAUUGAUGUUCGGGUUGCAGCAGUGGAACAGAUUGUGGACUUCCUAGCGCGUGAUGGCCAGCGUGAUGACAUUGACUUUCUGCUGACUUUGGCUGAAACAGACCCAGUCCCAAGAAUUCGAUACUUAACUCUUGUAGCGUUAGCUCAGAAUCCUCCAUUCAUUAUGGGUCAAAGUCAUAAACUUGACAAUGAGCACUUAGUUGAACGUUUGUGGAAUAUAAUGAACUCUGGACAGCAUUGUGAUUCCCGAGUUCGGUGUGCAGUAAUGGACCUCUACUACGCCAUGUAUGGACGGCGCAGACCAGCUUGCAUCCCUGCAUCUGAGCCCGCUCUUGUGCUCAACCUCCGUAAACCACCACAUCCUCCCAUCCAGAAUACAGUGAUAAUAUUAAAAGAGGAAGACAAUAAUACUUCACAACCUAUGAAACGAGAAGCACCUGGUGAUGAUGUAUCGGAACCUAAAGCUGAAGUAAAAACAGAAAUUGUAGAAAUGCCUGUUGAAGUUAUUUUUACAGAGGACAACAAAACAAGAAUAAAGGAGGAUGUUGAAGUGUGUGAGGAAAAUGUUGAGCAGUAUGCAGCGCCAAGUGUGACACCCAGUGUCGAAGGUGACAUGUCUGAAUCUACCACGUCACUUCCUUGUGAUAGCCAGGAUACACUUGGAGCCCCUACAGGUUUCGAAUCGGACAUGUUCCGCACAGGUAGUGCAGACUCUCAUGGCAAAUCACACAAGAGCAAGAAGAAGAAGAAGGAUAAGAAGCAUAAGAAGCACAAGAAACAUAAACAUGAACAUAAAGAUAAGCUGGAUAAACUAGAUAAGUUUAUACAAGAGGAAAACCUUAGUUCAGGUUCUUCUAAUCCCCCAAGUCCUGCCUCUCCACCCAGUAUGUCUGGAGUCACAACGAGCAGUAUGGCUAGCAGUAUGCCGAGUACUGUGACGAGCAGUCUGCCAGGCAGCAUGACAAACAUGUUUUAGUCAUCAAUGUACAGUACAGUGUUUCUAAGAGCACACACUAAUUUUUGUAGUUCAUCUCUUUUUGUUGAAUUUAAUUCCCUUUCAUGUAAACAUAUACUCAUCCUUCUUGUUCACUACAUUACCCAGCAUGUGCUCAUCCUUGUUCACAUUACCCAGCAUGUGCUCAUCCUUGUUCACAUUACCCAGCAUGUGCUCAUCCUUCUUCACAACAUUACCAAACAUGUGCUCAUCCUUGUACACCACAUUACCAAACAUUUGCUCAUCCUUGUUCAUCACAUUACUAAAUAUGUGCUUAUUUUCAUUCUAUGAUUUUUUCUUCUGUUUAUCAUUUCUGUUCAAAAUGACUACAGUUUUAAUAUGUCAAGUAAGCCAUAUAUCUCGGCACCAAGUUAUUAUUUGGUAUGUAUUUUGACCUUUUUAAAAUAUUUUUUAGCACAGAGUUGUAUGUAGUCAAAGAGCAUAAAUAUGCAAUAAAUAAAUACAAAAAAAGUUCCUUAUA